UACUGCCUCACUGCAGCCGCUAUCAACGUGCCUGACGUCGUUUCCUUCCAACAUGGCGCAGGCAGGUUGCUAAUGGAAAUCUAAGGGAUUUACCCCACCUUGUGAGUUCAUUUAUGUUUGUCUGUACGAGACACAGCGACUGCCAUUGUCAAAAGGAAAGAUCUAUCUGAAACUGCCGCUGCCCUUGGGACAGGUGUUCCUCUCCCCAAUUCCGGUGCGUCAUGUAUGAGGGCAAAAAGACGAAAAACAUGUUCCUGACCCGAGCUUUGGAGAAGAUCCUAGCCGACAAGGAGGUUAAAAAGGCACAUCAUUCGCAAUUGCGAAAAGCCUGCGAGGUGGCAUUGGAGGAAAUAAAGGAAGAGUCACAGAAAUUAAGCCCGCCCCCUGGAGACAGCAAAUCGGGUUCCAGCACUUUACCACCUAUCAAAUCAAAAACCAGCUUUGUCGAAGCUGACAAGUACUUUCUGCCGUUUGAGUUGGCAUGUCAGUCCAAAUGUCCCCGUAUUGUCAUCACCUCGCUAGACUGCUUACAGAAGCUGAUUGCGUACGGCCACCUGACAGGCAGUGCCCCAGACAGCACUGCCCCAGGUAAGAAGCUGAUUGACAGGAUCAUCGAGACCAUAUGCGGCUGCUUCCAGGGUCCCCAGACAGACGAGGGAGUCCAGCUCCAGAUCAUCAAGGCCCUGUUGACAGCGGUCACCUCCCAGCACAUAGAGAUCCAUGAGGGUACCGUUCUCCAGGCAGUUAGAACCUGCUACAACAUCUACCUAGCCAGCCGAAACCUCAUCAACCAGACCACAGCCAAGGCCACACUAACACAGAUGCUCAACGUUAUUUUCGCCCGCAUGGAGAACCAGGCACUUACAAAUCACAAGCUGUCUUGGUCUCUGGCCUCCAGAAAGCGUGACCGCCAGCUUCAAGAGGCUAAGCAGUUGGAGAGGGACAGGCACAGACAGCAUUCCCCGCUCAUCCAGCAGCAGGAACCAGACUCUCCAGGGCUGCAGGGCCACAUCCAUCCCCCAGCCAAGGGCCCGGCCCGGGAGCCCAAUGGACCCACCACCCCUACCACCCCCACCACCAUCACCAGCCCUGCCCCCUCCACCCCUGCCCCCUCCACACCCUCCACCCCUGCCCCCUCCACCCCGACUCCACUGGGAGGAGCCGCUGGCCCGGGGGACCUGGAGCCCCAGGAGAAGCAGGGCCCCGUCUACGAGAGCCCUGAUCCGGAGAACGGCUCGGAGCCCUGCAGGGCGGAGGACGAGGAGACGGAGGCAGACCAGGCCACCGCGGCAGCACAGAACGUGACCCAGCAGCAUGCGAAGGCUGGCGAUGAGGCGGAUGAGACACCUAACUACGAGGAGAAGGCCCAGGAGAUCGUGCAGAGCAUCCUCCAAGAGGUGCUGCACACUGUGGCAGGAGGGAACUGCCUGGACCCAGAGAGCCUGUGUUCCGAUGCCAAGGAGCCCGCUGGCGAGGGCGAGCGAGUAGAGGGCGAGCGAGGAGAGGGCGAGCGAGUAGAGGGCGAGCGAGGAGAGGGCGAGCGAGGAGAGGGCGAAGGCGCAGAGGUUGUCACGGAGACCACGCCGAACUCCCUUGAGGACGAGGCCGGCCUGGGCAGCGACAGCGAGAACGUCCACGCCAACGGCAUCCCCGGCACGCCCAUUUCCGCCAGUUUCCCCCCGUCUCUGCCCGACGACAGGCUGUCGGUCUCCUCCAAUGACACUCAGGAGUCGGGGGCAAACACAGGCCCAGCCCCAGGAGCCAAGUUCUCCCACAUCCUCCAGAAGGACGCCUUCCUGGUGUUCCGCUCCCUCUGCAAGCUCUCCAUGAAGCCCCUGUCUGAUGGACCACCAGACCCCAAGUCCCACGAGCUGCGUUCCAAGGUGCUGUCCCUGCAGCUUCUCCUGUCUAUCCUGCAGAACGCCGGGCCCAUCUUCAAGACCAACGAGAUGUUCAUCAACGCCAUCAAGCAGUACCUGUGUGUGGCGCUGUCCAAGAACGGGGUCUCCUCCGUGCCUGAGGUCUUCGAGCUCUCCCUCUCUAUCUUCCUCACCCUGCUCUCCCACUUCAAAACCCAUCUCAAGAUGCAGAUUGAGGUGUUCUUCAAGGAGAUUUUUCUGUACAUUCUAGAAACUUCCACAAGCUCCUACGACCACAAAUGGAUGGUCAUACAGACCCUGACUAGAAUAUGUGCAGAUGCUCAGAGUGUGGUGGAUAUUUAUGUGAACUAUGAUUGUGACUUAAAUGCUGCUAAUAUCUUUGAGAGGCUGGUUAAUGACCUCUCUAAGAUAGCCCAGGGUCGGGCAGGCCAUGAGCUGGGCACAACACCCCUUCAGGAGUUAACCCUCAGAAAGAAAGGCUUGGAGUGUCUGGUGUCGAUCCUCAAGUGUAUGGUGGAAUGGAGUAAGGACCAGUACGUCAACCCCAACUCCCAGACCAGCCUUGGUCAGGAGAAGCCCUCGGAGCAGGAGACGAUGGAGACCAAGGCUCCGGAGAGCAUCAACCGCUACGACAGCAUCAACUCUCUGGACUCCACCUCCUCGUCCGGCAUCGGCAGCUACAGCACGCAGAUGUCUGGCACGGACAACCCAGAGCAGUUCGAGGUCCUCAAGCAGCAGAAGGAGAUCAUCGAGCAGGGCAUCGACCUGUUCAACAAGAAACCAAAGAGGGGCAUCCAGUAUCUACAAGAGCAAGGCAUGCUGGGAACCACCCCGGAGGACCUUGCUCAGUUCCUGCAUCAGGAGGAGAGGCUUGACUCGACUCAGGUAGGGGAGUUCCUGGGGGACAACGACAGGUUCAACAAGGAGGUGAUGUAUGCCUACGUGGACCAGAUGGACUUCCAGGGGAAGGACUUUGUGUCGGCUCUGCGGAUCUUCCUGGAGGGCUUCCGUCUGCCCGAGGCCCAGAAGAUCGACAGGCUCAUGGAGAAGUUUGCCGCCAGAUACCUGGAGUGCAACCAGGGGCAAACCCUGUUUGCGAGUGCAGACACUGCCUACGUCCUUGCCUACUCGAUCAUCAUGCUGACAACAGACCUUCACAGUCCGCAGGUGAAGAACAAGAUGACUAAAGAGCAGUACAUCAAGAUGAACAGAGGGAUCAACGACAGCAAAGACCUGCCGGAGGAGUACCUGUCGGCCAUCUACGACGAGAUCGCCGGCAAGAAGAUCGCCAUGAAGGAGACGAAGGAACUCACCCUCAAAUCCAACAAGCAGAGUGUGGCCAGUGAGAAGCAGCGGCGGCUGCUCUACAACGUGGAGAUGGAGCAGAUGGCCAAGACAGCCAAGGCUCUGAUGGAGGCGGUCAGUCACGUCCAGGCCCCCUUCACCUCCGCCACACACCUGGAGCACGUCAGACCCAUGUUCAAGCUGGCGUGGACGCCCUUCCUGGCAGCCUUCAGCGUGGGCCUGCAGGACUGUGACGACCCCGAGGUGGCCUUCCUGUGUCUGGAGGGCAUCCGCUUCGCCAUCAGGAUCGCCUGCAUCUUCACCAUCCAGCUGGAGCGAGAUGCGUACGUCCAGGCCCUGGCCAGGUUCACCCUGCUCACCGCCAGCUCGGGCAUCACGGAGAUGAAGCAGAAGAACAUCGACACCAUCAAGACUCUGAUCACCGUGGCCUACACGGACGGCAACUACCUGGGCACCUCCUGGCACGAGAUCAUGAAGUGCAUCAGUCAGCUGGAGCUGGCCCAGCUGAUUGGGACUGGGGUGAAGGCUCGCUACAUCUCAGGGACCGUGAGGGGGAAGGAGGGCUUCAUCACCAGCACCAAGGAGCACAACAAUGACGAGUACCUGGGCCUGGUAGGAGGGACAGUGGAUCGUAAACAGAUAGCCAGCAUCCAGGAGUCCAUAGGGGAAACCAGUUCCCAGAGUGUUGUCGUGGCUGUGGACAGGAUAUUCACAGGUUCCACAAGACUGGAUGGUAAUGCUAUCGUGGACUUUGUGCGCUGGCUGUGUGCCGUGUCCAUGGAUGAGCUGGCCUCCCCCACCCACCCACGCAUGUUCAGCCUGCAGAAGAUCGUGGAGAUCUCCUACUACAACAUGGGCCGCAUCCGCCUGCAGUGGUCCAGGAUCUGGGAGGUGAUUGGAGACCACUUCAACAAGGUCGGCUGUAAUCCUAACGAGGAUGUGGCUAUCUUUGCCGUGGAUUCUCUCCGGCAGCUGUCCAUGAAGUUCCUGGAGAAGGGGGAGCUCGCCAACUUCAGAUUCCAGAAGGAUUUUCUGAGGCCUUUUGAACACAUCAUGAAAAAGAACAGGUCUCCCACCAUCAGGGACAUGGUGGUGAGGUGUAUCGCCCAGAUGGUCAACUCCCAGGCAGGGAACAUCCGCUCCGGAUGGAAGAACAUCUUCUCAGUGUUCCACCUGGCUGCCUCCGACCACGACGAGAGCAUCGUGGAGCUGGCCUUCCACACCACCGGCCACAUCGUCACGAAUGUAUUUGAGAAACACUUCCCGGCCACCAUCGACUCGUUCCAGGACGCCGUCAAGUGUCUGUCGGAAUUCGCCUGCAACGCCUCUUUCCCCGACACCAGCAUGGAGGCCAUCCGCCUCAUCCGCCACUGCGCCAAAUACGUGUCGGACAGACCGCAGGCCUUCAAAGACUACACCAGCGAUGACAUGAAUGUAGCGCCGGAGGAUCGUGUGUGGGUGCGAGGAUGGUUCCCCAUCCUGUUUGAGCUCUCCUGCAUCAUCAACAGGUGCAAGCUGGACGUCAGGACCAGGGGACUGACGGUGAUGUUUGAGGUGAUGAAGACCUACGGCCACACCUUUGAGAAGCACUGGUGGCAGGAUCUGUUCCGGAUCGUCUUCAGGAUCUUUGACAACAUGAAGCUGCCUGAGCAACAAACUGAGAAAGCAGAGUGGAUGACCACCACCUGCAAUCACGCACUUUACGCCAUCAGUGACGUCUUCACACAGUACUUUGAGUCUCUCAACGAUGUCUUACUGGAUGACAUCCUGGCACAACUCUACUGGUGUGUCCAGCAAGACAACGAACAGUUGGCCCGCUCAGGCACCAACUGUCUGGAGAACGUGGUCAUCCUCAACGGGGAGAAGUUCAGUCUGGAGACCUGGGACAAGACCUGCAACUGCAUGCUGGACAUCUUCCAGACCACCAUCCCCCACGCGCUGCUGACAUGGAGACCUGCAGGAACAGAGGGAGACCUUGUGACAUCACAGAACAUAUCAGACAAACAGGACACCGUUUCCCAGAAGUCAGUUGACAUCCAGACACGCUCAGAGGACCAGCAUUCUAUCAACAGCGUCGAGAGGGUUGCCGUGGACAACCGGCGGCAGAGUCAGUACAACGCGGCCUCGGGGGGGUUUGAAGACGGCCCCAGAAAUAGGACCCCGACGAAGGUCCAGGAACAGAAGCUGUUUUCCGCGCUGCUCAUCAAGUGUGUGGUGCAGCUGGAGCUGAUCCAGACCAUAGACGACAUCAUCUUCUUCCCCGCCGCCAGCCGGAAGGAGGACGCAGAGAACCUGGCCGCGGCUCAGAGAGAGGUGGAGGAGCCGGCGGAGCUGCCUGCUGAGGGCCAGGACCAGGGCAUGUACCGCUACCUGACCUCAGAGCAGCUGUUCAAGCUGCUGGACUGCCUGCUGGAAGCUCACCGCUUCGCCAAGGCCUUCAACUCCAACAACGAGCAGAGGACCAUGCUGUGGAAGGCAGGCUUCAAAGGGAAGUCCAAGCCCAACCUGCUGAAGCAGGAGACGAGCAGCCUGGCGUGCGGCCUGCGCGUCCUGUUCCGCAUGUACAGCGACCCCGGCAGACAGGCCGCAGCAGACGAGGUGCAGAGACGGCUGCUCCACGUGUGCAGCGAGGCAGUGGCGUACUUCCUCACGCUGACGUCAGAGAGCCACCGAGAGGCCUGGACCAACCUGCUGCUCCUCUUCCUCACCAAGGUGAUGAAGAUCAGCGACGACAGGUUCAAGGCCCACGCGUCCAGGUACUACCCUCUGCUGUGUGAGAUCAUGCAGUUUGACCUGAUCCCGGAGCUCCGGGCCGUGCUCAGGAAGUUCUACCUGCGCAUCGGCGUCGUGUUCCAGAUCGCCCGGCUGCCCGAGCCAGACCCCGUCCCCGAGCCCAGCCCUGCCCCCGAGCCUCAGCCUGGGCCCUGCCCCCAGACCGCGGGGCAGCUGGAGCUGGACUCAGAGGUAGGGGAGGAGGCUGGAGAGUGUGCCUAGGAACGGUGCACCGAGCUGGGGUGACACAGAGCUGCGGGGGGGGGGGGCUGGAUGUCUGGAGAUGCCCUCUGUUUUCCUGCUAACCCCGUAAUGCAGACCUAGCAACCCCUGAACGACCUGCUGACGACAAGAGAACAACCUAGGGCUUUCCACUGUGGACCUGAUUGAUCAAGUGACAGGAAGGGUCUCUCAGUUCUUCAUCUCUAGAAGAACAGCAAUGCCUUGUACAGGAACGUUCAACACUUGGUACUAUCGCAGAGGAACAGGAUCAUUCUGUUAACAUAUCUGAUUCACUGAUAGGGGCAAAAAUUAUGCUUCUUGACAUUACUGUAUCCUUAAAAGCUAUCUUUACUGUAAGAAUGAAAGUUUUCAACGACAUGCAAAUGACAAAAAAUUCAGUAAUAUGAAUGAAAUGUAACAUGGUACUCAAUGAUAAUCAUUUUUCCGUGCACCGCUAAUGGCUAACUGGCUAAUUAGUAACAAUAGCCUCUUGGAUGAAACUAGUUUGACAGAUCAGGCGCUUUGUAAUAUAAUCUGAAAACACUAGAUUUCAUUUAUUGUGGGGUUUUUUUCUCUCUGGAUUUGCUGCACUUGAUCUCUUUAUUGAUUGCACUGGAGAUUUAAAUUUUUUGUUUGUGAUAAUUUAUUUGAUUGUACCAUUUCUCCUGCAGACAGUCCUAUGAUACUUGCAACUGAGCAACAGAGCGGAAACUGAAGGAUUAAAUUAUUCCAUUUUAUAUGUUCUUAGUCUUUUUUAACUGAUGGUUGAUGACUGGGCUCAGAAACUGGAAGAGAAAUAAGCACCUUGAUGCAAGCUGCUGCUCCUAGGAACAAGUCUGUUUCCAUGUUUGAAGUUAGUUUUCAUCCUGUGUACAAAAUUGAAUAAAUGAGUAAUAUAUCAAACUUUUCUUGGGAUUGGUGGAAGGCUGGAUGUAUAGAGUAAACGACUGCUGUUAGCUGUGCUUCUGGGAGAUGGCGUACGGAUCUGACACAUUCCUGCUCACAGAUGUAGAAAAGCAAAUGUAUAUGGUACUGCAAUGUAAAGUUUUCUAUGUGUAUGUUCCAUGUAAAAAUUAUCUGUACAACUUUAUAUGUACAAUACUGGUCAUCACUCAGCAUUCUAAUCAGGUUAUUAUAGGUCAAUAAAGUUUUGGAACUUG